GGAUUGUUCUGUUAGAAAGAUACAGUAGAUGGACCACAACUGCAAUUAAAAAUUAAUCAUUCAGCCGGUCGCGAUAAAAACAAUUAUUUAACUCAAUGCGUCAACUGCUGCCACUUUGUCCGUCAACUCCUCUGCAGUGGCACAGUGACCAACUACCGCGCUCGCUGCGUCGUCAAUUUCACCAGCGGAAACUGCCCAGAAGUGAAGCAGGCAAUAUCACGUAGGGUUCCUUACUCCCUCCAUAUCCUCGCUUCCCUCCGACUUCCCAACCCACUCGUCGAUCCUCUCUCAGAAAAUCGAAGCUUGGAAGAUCGCCCGGUUCAAACGAGGCAGGCUUGCUCCUUUCACCUUUUGAUUUCGAUUUUGGUUCCCCUGUUCGUGUUUACCAUCUUCAGGAUUCAGGCUUCUGAUCGAGAUUGAAUUGCUGGUGAGUAGUGGAAUUUUGAUUGAUCGAUAUGUUGUGCUUGUGUUUGAUCUUUGUUCGAGUCUCCCCGGUUCGAUGCUACCGUUAACACGAGCGCCAACUGUUUGAUGAAUUGCGCGACUUUUUUGUUUUGUUUCCGUCGAGUACUUGGUUUGCUAUACCUUUUGUGGGUCUUCUUCUGUUUGGUCGAAAUGCAUCAAUUAGUGACUGUUCCCUCUGUUUGUGAAUAUCUCUCAGCAGAGGAAAUGGCUAACGCUGUGCCAGCCCAGCUCGAGCCAUGGUGCAACUUGUCAGACAAAGUGGUGCUAGUCACGGGUGCGUCUUUGGGUUUAGGCCGAGACUUCUGUCUCGACCUAGCGAAAGCCGGGUGCAGGAUAGUGGCUGCUGCUAGGCGUAUCGAUCGCCUGCAAUCUCUGUGCAGCGAGAUCAAUCAGCUCACCUUCCCAGCCCCUCAAUCUUCUUCGUCCGCGUCAGGGCAGCCUGGUAAUGGUCUGCGUGCUGUGGCCGUGGAGCUGGAUGUAUCAGCCGGUGGUGCUGCCAUUGAUCAAGCUGUACAGAAUGCUUGGGAUGCAUUUGGGAGGAUAGAUGCAUUGGUCAACAAUGCUGGCGUGAGAGGAACUGUAAAGACUCCAUUGGAGCUGUCUGAAGAGGAGUGGAAUCAUGUGAUCAAGACGAAUUUGACGGGGACUUGGUUGGUUUCUAAGUCGGUUGGCAUCAGGAUGCGUGACGCGAAGGUUGGAGGUUCCAUAAUCAACAUUUCAUCGAUUGCUGGUCUCCAUCGCGGUCAAUUGCCUGGUGGUGUUGGCUAUGUUUCUUCAAAGACGGGAGUUAAUGCCAUGACUAAGGUGAUGGCGCUGGAGUUGGGGGUGUACAAGAUCAGGGUCAACUCCAUAUCGCCUGGACUUUUCAAGUCCGAGAUCACCAAAGGUUUGAUGCAGAAAGACUGGCUCACUCGGGUUGCUGAGAAGACAGUUCCUUUACUAACAUAUGGAACUGCAGAUCCGGCAUUGACAUCGCUUAUUCGAUACCUAAUCCAUGAUUCGUCGCAGUAUGUGACGGGCAAUAUCUUCAUUGUGGAUGCUGGAGUCACCUUGCCAGGGGUCCCAAUUUUCUCUUCACUUUGAGGAGAAAGAAAGCUUGUACGUAUCAUGAUAGUAUAUCAUAGUCUGGUUUUAGUCACAUUUGUUAAGAGUUGAAUCUGGGUUGCUUUCCGAUUUGGGAUCGAACUCUGUGUUCCAUAAAUUGCUCAAACAUUU